CUUGAACUUGCGGCUUGGAGCUUUGAAGGAAUUGUCUCUCGCUUUGUCAGAUCAGAAUGUCCGAAUCUAGCCAACGAUAUGCAAAAGCGCAAUACAGAGGUACAAACGGCUUUCAGGAUCCAGCCCGUCGCCGCGUGCAAGGCCAGGUACAGGUUCCUGAACUACACAAGAAACCUCAAGAUGAGGACGAGGCAGCAGUCUACACAUACGAACGAGAGUUAUAUGAUGCGGUGGAAAGACGUCGCCUUGCUGAAGCUGUCCUGGAGAUCAAAGGCUCCUACUUCCCCGACCUAGAGGUACUCGAAGAAAUGAAUGAACGGCCAGAGACUGCAGCAGGAGUGACAGAACGUAUAGAGGAGCUGCAAAAGCGGCAUGAAGAGGAUAUGCAGACGUUGCUUGAGCGGCAAGCGGAUGACUAUCUGAUGGAUGCUGAAGAUCGUUAUCAUUCCUCCGACGACACCAUGCACGACUCAAAUAUUGAUUCAUUUUACCGAACAGCACGCGGGCAGAACACACCUAUGUUCAAUGCAUUCGAUGACGCUGCCUCCUCAUUCGAGUAUGCACAUCUCAGAACAUUGGGGGCACUCUGCCGAGAGCGUGACGCCCUUGCUGCCAAAGAGGAUGACGCGCGCCGUCAGAGGGACUCAAAAUUCCCGGCAAACAUUAUGGAAUACCGCUCCAUCACGAACAAGAGUAUACAGCUGCGAAUCGCGCGAUUUCUAAUGGCAGAUAGCGCCAGAAAGGAGCGGAUGCAAACUGAUUUCAACUGGGUGUGGCGACAGGUAAUGAAUCUCGUCGGCGAGUAUGAGAAAAAUAAAGACUUCCAAGCCGAGAUACAGGAGCUGGCGCGCGACGCCGAAGCUCGCGACCCACGGAGGAAGCCUUCGAAUGUGGGCGUUUCAUUCUGAACCCUGUUAUAGCUCCACUCAGCGAAGGUUCAAUGGCCUGCGGUAUGAGCAUCGCCCUUGCUUUGUUGGGCGUUGCUGUCGCUCGCAUACCCACGCCGGAGUUGAGCUGGCGCCGUGCGCGGUGCUCAGCAAUACUGUAUUAUUAUGCGCGCGGAUGCUUCCGUGCUGCCGCAUGCGAGAUAGGUCACUCGCGUUGAAUUGUAAGAUAGGGUUUGAGCCGUCGGUCUCCGCUCCAUCAGUUAGGCAGUGUAACGGCUACUCGUGUAUUCUUUUAUUCAAUGGAAUCUAUCGCCAGGGAUAGGUCGUGAGAG